GUGGUUGUAAACGUAGCAUAUAAGUAUCGACAUUUUGAAACGUUAACAUAUAAAGCGUUUGUAAUAUGGAUUCUAUUGGACUAAAAUUAGUUCUUCUUACCGGACUUGUAACAACAAUAAGUUCAGCUACCCUUCAGCAGAUUUAUAUCAAAGACAGCAAGGUACCUUUGAAAGGAGGUGAUAUACAGAUUAUAUGUGAGGUAUCUCAGUUUACCAAUGAGGUUGUUAGGGUCUAUAAGACAGAUUACUUGCCUCAAGACAUUACCACUGCUACAUCAUUAACAAGUUGUAUUCCAUCACAGUGUAUAGGGGGAACUACACCAAGACAUACAUUCAGUCCUAGCAGCAGUGGUAUUACUAUUACAGUGACCAAUCUUAAUAGAGCAGAAGACCAGAAAUAUUGGACAUGUGCCAUUGAUACCCAGAAAAAGUGCAUGCAACUUACUGUAUAUACAAUAACUCCCUCAAUACAGUACAAUAAUCCACCAAGCCAGAAUCAAGACUUAGUUCAAACUUCAGUGACAUUUAGCUGUAGUACAGGAUGUGCAUAUCCGGCACCAAACUUUGUAUGGUAUUAUAAUAAGACUGGUGGAUCACGUCAAACAUGGUCAACAACAGCACCUGUGACAGAUAGAACUGAUGGUUGUACUGACUCUGAGAAAAUAUAUACAUCAACAUUAACUCUACCAAGAUACAUGCAGUUUAUUGACAAAACAGAUACCACUGUGAGGUUUCAGUGUGGUGCUAUAUCAGAAAAUGGUGCAAAAUAUCAACAAUUUACGCAAACAUCUGUAGAUGUUCGAUUUGCAGCGAAUAUUGCGCGUAACAGUGAUAAAAUAUGUUUAUCCUGCAAUGACAUUAUAGAUCUGAAAUUAUGCGACUCUGUUGACCGCUGUCAUGGCAACCAGAUAUGUUUUGUAGAGAAAUAUACCUUGGAUAAUGGUCAUACACAUUACAGUUCUGGAUGUAAAGAUAAACAGACAUGUAUGCAACAUUCCUUUAAUGGGACAUCUAGUUGUCUGCAAUGCUGUGAGAAAAGUUUUUGUAAUUCACAAGGUUGUGGUGGCACAGCGUUCCCACCUCGACAGAAAAGAGGUCCACUUUGUUUAGAUUGUGCGCAUAUUAGCGAACCAAUAGACUGCGACCAAAUAGCAUUGUGUUCUUCGGGCGAGUCCUGUAAGGUUGAAAAGGUGAAAUGGGGAGAUUCAUUCCAGUAUCACUUAGGAUGUGAAAGCAAGAUACACUGUUCAUCUAAAAGUAGAGAACUAGCCCAUGAGACAAGAGCUGUACCAGUUUGUCGAGCUUGUUGCGACGGUGACUUUUGCAACCGAAAUUGCACAAACAAUCUACCAGUCAACCAACAAACAAUAAUUGGAUAGGCAACGAAACAAAGUUUAUAUGCAAAUUACAAAAAAAAAUGAGUAUGGCUAAAACAAACAGUAACAUUGACAUUAAUAUAGUAGAAAGAAAUGUGUGAUAAUAUUUUAUUAAACAGCUAUAAUUUCAAGCCAGGGUUGUUUGCUUAUUUUGUGAGAGGGUGAAUGAUUUUCUCAAUCAAUCAUUGAUGAUUAUUUCUUAACAUGUCUCAUAACAAAACACAGAUUUAGAUUUUCUAUAGUAAUCUAGUUUUGAUGUAUUAUUCAAAGAGGGUUCUAAUUUUUGAAUGAACGGGUCUCUUCAAG